AUGCCUAAGGCCGCAGUUAAGAGCAAGGCCGAGCCCAAGGUGAAGAGGGGGCGGGGCAAGAAGGACCCCAACGCUCCUAAGCGUGGUCUUUCGGCGUACAUGUUCUUUGCCAACGAGCAGAGAGAGAACGUGCGCGAGGAGAACCCUGGUGUUUCCUUCGGCCAGGUUGGCAAGAUCCUCGGUGAGCGAUGGAAGGCUCUCAGCGACAAGCAGCGUGCCCCGUAUGAGGCCAAGGCUGCCGCCGACAAGAAGCGUUAUGAGGAUGAGAAGCAGGCGUACAACGUAAGUCUCGCCUGA